AUGUUUGUGCACAUCCUCAAGAAGCCAAUGUUGUCUGCAUCACGAUGUGGCUCGACUUCAGCUGCAAGCAUCAGUUUUAUGUCCGCUGUGACCAGCAAUUCUCAGUAUCGGUCAGCAAAGGCCGCUGAUCAUUUCCAACAGCCAACAGCAGCCAGUCCUGCCAACUCUCUCAGUCUUGUGUACCUCGAUGUGGAGGGUGCCCCUUCAGCUGACGCAUCUAUGCGCUCUGAUAACAUGCUGAAGCCGUCCACCUAUUCUUCCGACGCUUGUAAACCCACAAGUCUGCCUUCAUACGCUCUCGGAAAUGUGACCUCAGCAAUCUUGACUCAGACUCUUCGUUCGGACCAAUUCAGGCCUUCUCGGGAUCGACCUGUUAUCUAUAACGAACAGAGGCACCUAACUAGUAUGAACGAGGUACCACCUCAAGGCGGGUCGCCAACGAAGACGGCCACGAUGGUGCAGAACAUUUCAAUUUCGGAUAGCACCGAAAGUUUCGCACAACAAAAAUUCUGCAGUCAGUGCGGAGAACGGUUCUUUGAGAAUGCUAAGUUCUGUGGGCUGUGCGGCACCAGUCGGCGCUUUGGUUGCCAGCCCUCCCUUGUGGCCACAGCAGUUCGGCCGAGAGUCAAUCUUGCAUCCGGGCAAGCAGCAUCCAGUCAGUAG